AUGUCUCUCAACGGCGUCAACAACCCUGGUAGCGAAAACAGUGACAUCAACGGUAAAGCACCUCUGCGCGACCCUCCAGCCGCCCGAGCGGGCCAGAGCUUGGUGAAUGUUCAACCGGCUCGACUCUCUGACCUGCAGCCCCGGUAUGCCGCUGUGAUCAAGCACGGAGAUGACAACCCCGAUGCGCACGGGUGGUAUGCGCAACUAAUUCACGCCCUAGGCGAAUGUAUCGGCUUCUGUGGCGCGAUUCCUUGCUGUCUCUGCUGUCCCAACCCGUUCAAGCCUGUCGACCAGGGUGAAGUUGGCCUAGUCACCAGAUUCGGACGCUUUGAACGCGCCGUGGAUCCCGGUCUGGUCAAGGUCAACCCUCUGAGCGAGCAUCUGACCACGGUGGACGUGAAGAUUCAAAUAGUCGAAGUUCCUCGGCAGGUCUGCAUGACCAAAGACAACGUGACGCUGAACUUGACCUCCGUCAUUUACUACCAAGUGACCUCACCCCACAAGACUGCGUUCGGUAUCUCCAAUGUGAAGCAGGCCCUGGUGGAGCGCACUCAGACCACACUCCGCCAUGUGAUCGGGGCCCGCGUCCUGCAGGACGUGAUCGAGCGCCGGGAAGAGAUCGCCCAGUCGACGGCCGAGAUCAUUGAGGAGGUAGCCGCCGGCUGGGGUGUCCAAGUCGAGUCGAUGUUGAUCAAGGAUAUCAUUUUCAGCAAUGACCUGCAAGACUCACUCUCCAUGGCUGCGCAGUCGAAGCGAAUUGGUGAGAGCAAGGUGAUCGCGGCCCGCGCCGAGGUCGAGUCCGCCAAGUUGAUGCGUCAGGCUGCCGAUAUUCUCUCCUCCGCGCCAGCCAUGCAGAUCCGAUACCUCGAAGCCAUGCAGGCGAUGGCUAAGACAGCAAACAGCAAGGUCAUCUUCCUGCCCGCCACCAACCAAACCGUCCAGCAGCAGCUCGCCACCGCCGACGCUGCGGGUGAAGGCCCCAGCAACUACGGCACCAUCCAGAAUCGCCAGGACGAAGGGUUUGAACGUGCCAUGAAGGCUUCCGUCGUUGAAGACAUUUAG